UGCAUAGUGCAUACUCGCUUCCAUUAGGUCAGCACAGCAGAGGAUUUGGUUAAAAAGCGUAAUCAACGAAAGGUACUUCAUAACUUUGAGCCUUUUGACUGCCCAGAACCUGAAUGAAUGAGAAUCAUCAUAGACACUCAUCAAAACUCGCAAUGAACAUGGAUGUCAUAAAGGAAGAGGACAUCUAUGAAUUUCUACCAGAGCAUGUGUCUGCUGACACGAAAGAUUGUGGUACUAUGACAUCAAUUUGCAAAGAGGAACCAUUUUUGUCACAUGAAAUUAAAGGACAGAAGUCUCAUGUCGUGUCUGCAGACACGAAAGAUUGUGGUACUAUGACAUCAAUUUGCAAAGAGGAACCAUCUUUGUCACGUGGAAUUAAAGGAGAGAAGUCUCAUGUUCGGCAAUGUAAUGGUCACGGGAGCACUUCUACAAUUCAGCCAUCAAUGCCAUCACAACAGAGAAUACCUCUGAAGAUUAAAGAAGAGGACAUGUAUGAUUCCCCCCCUAAGUAUUUGUACAGAAAAAAGGAGGAAGAGAGUCAAACUGAAACAUCGGACGUGAAAGAAGAAGCCCUGGACAUGACAUGGGAAACAGUAUACAUGACACCAACAGGUGAAAACCAGGCAGCUCAUAAUAACAGAAAAGCAAACUCAUCAAGCAUCAGAGAACCCACACUGGAGAAACCCCUUACCAGUAAAAAUGAUCUCAACAAGCAUCAGAGAAUACAUACUGGAGAAAAACCUUACCAGUGUGCCAUGUAUGGAAAAGGCUUUACAAAGGAAAAUGAUCUCAACAAGCAUCAAAAAAUCCACAUUGACUACAAGUAA